CGGACCACCAUAUCAAUUAUAACAACGCUCCCGAAACGGUUGCGGCGAGGGCGUGUUCGACGGGCCCUGAGGCGAGCGGGGUGACGUCACUUCCGGGGCGCCUCGCGCAGCAGCGCAACCAAGAUGGCGGCGGCCGGUUGGUUGCGGGGCUGGCGCUUUCUCCUCAGGCGGAGUUUUCCACUUGUGGCGCAUGUGAGGACUCGCUGUGUGUCAGGAGUGAGGGGACCAUGGAACAAAGUGGCAGCGCUGGGGUUUGGAAUAACACUCUCUGCAAUUCCUAUUGCACAGAAACAUGAUCCGAGUUCUCUCAGCAAUGAAGCCUUGAUCCGAAGAGCUGUGUCUUUGGUAACUGAUAGCACGGGUACUCUUCUCUCUCAAACAACAUAUGCAUUAAUUGAAGCACUAACAGAGUAUACCACGGCAGUUUAUACAUUGGUGUCCCUGUACCAGAAAUAUGCACAUCUCAUUGGGAAAAUGAAUUCUAAAGAGGAAGAUGCUGUCUGGCAAGUGAUCAUUGGUGCUCGAGUAGAGAUGACUGCAAAGCAGCAAGAGUAUCUGAAGUUAGAAUCCAGAUGGAUGACUGCGUUGCGCCUUUCAGAGAUGGCAGCUGAAGCAGCGUAUCAGUCAGGGGCUGAUCAAGCCUCAGUGUCAACACAUAACCACAUCCAGCUAGUGAGAACUCAAAUCCAAGAGGCCCGUCAGCUGUCGCAGAAGGCUGAGACCAAGCUGGCCGAAGUCCAAACAGAGGAGCUCAUGAAGCUGAAGGAUGAGGAGGCUUUGUCACCUGUCACUCACCAGGCCAGCAUGGAGGAGGCCGAGGAGGCCUAUCUUCGUGAAGACUAAAGGGCUGAAAGCCUUAGGGGUGUUACUCCUGCUCAGUGGUACAAGGUAGCACUCACUUGAAAUCCUAGAACCAAAAAGGCAUUGGCAGCCUCUUUCAGUUUAACUGAGUAGCAGAUUAUGGGCCCUGAACUGGGGGAGGUACAUUUCCAGUCUGUUGGGAAAGUUUAUUUCUACUUAAAUGCACUGCUAUGCAAAUGUGAAAAUAAGCAUGAAAGAAGUGUUUGUGGCUCUUGAGAUUUCCUAGUGGAAAGGAAAAUUAAUGAUCCAACAAGAGAGCCUUAAACUCUCCAAAGCCUGGAGGUACUGUAGGUUCAAAUCCACAAGGGCUCUUUUCACAUAAUUAAAAUAUUUGUUUGUGUUUGUGAAAGAAAUUGUCUCAUCUACAGUUUUAUCUGGAGUUUCAGAAAUGUUUUGUAUUUUGUUGCCAAAAGUUCAGUCUAGAGGAUAAAGAUUUUCUUCUGUUUUGUUCUUAACUGUGUGGACAACCUUUGCUAAAGGCAGUUUUUAAAAUAAAGGCAAGUGAAACAA